AUGUCUCGUCUCUGGACGUUUCUGGCCCUGUUGGUGUUGCUAGUCGGGACAGCAGAUGUAGUGGCAGCGGAGCUACCAACUUCCCAUUUUGACAAGUUCUUCCCAGACUGGGAUCCAAUGCUCCAGCGAAUUCUAAGAAAUAAUUGCUCGACCGAGUAUGCGACCUACAAAACCGGCGAAAGACCCGAAGGAUCGGAGGAUCAGUCGGCCAUCAUCAGCCCACUGAUCAACUGCAUCUUCGAAACCCUGACCGAACACAACAAGGCCGAGAUAGCAGCGGGUGCCGUCGUCCUCGGCCUUUUGCCUGCCAUUUUACAAAUGAUGGGCAGUAAACCACCGGAAACGGGAUUUCUCGCCUUGCGCCGCCCCAUACUCGCCACGCUGCUCGCUCUGGGAAGUCCUUCAGCUACCGUUGUAAAGACGAAUGAUUUCAUAAGCACCGCAAGAGAGUCAGUGGCAAAUGAAGACAUGGAUGAGAUAGUGAAUUGGUUAUUUUCCCAAAAGUCCAUAAUUUUGUCGAUCUGCCUGGGACUGUUGGAAUACUUGUUCGCCAUCGCCGCUGCUGCCAACGUCUUGUACCUCGCAUACCAACUGGGUUUCCACGCCAUCACGAUAAUCUCCCCCGAAACAGUUUAUAUGCUGCUUAUGUGGACAUUAUUCUGCCUGAUUGCUCACCUUGGCAGUCUCGCGGUCUUCGAGUGGAAAACUCGUUUUAUUCGUGACGAUGUCAUGAAACUUUGGGAGGAACCAUUUCCUGUGGUGUUUCAGACGUCACGGUCACUCAAAUGGCCCGAACAGAGCAUCUCCUCAAAUGUUUUCAUUUGGGUUCUCAGCAUGGUGACCUUGGCCAAUCUUAUUUUUGGGACUAUGAUUUUCUCCAGCUUGCUGUUUUUCAGUAUCAAGGACGUCAUGUCUAUUGUUGGGCGGUACAUUGCAAGCGCGGUGGUGUGCCGUGGGAUUUUGAGACUGGAACUUUCAAGCUUUAAAAAGUCCACGAUAUUUCCUACCCGGUAA